AUGGAUGAUCAUGUUCAACUCGAAGAUCAUCGAGAUCCAUCGACCGAUGAAUUAUCUCCAUUGAUUAUAAAAAAGUUGGAUUUAGGUGAUAAUAUAGAAGAUCAACAACAGCAACGACAGCCACCAUCAUUACAACAACAACUAUCAAACGUAACUGUUUGUUCAUUAUUAGAAGUAGAAACUGAUUCUGAAGCUAUCAAAUCAUUGGAAUUAUUGUUAAACAGUGUUGUCAAGAUCUUUUGGACGUCAAUUCCAUGCGAUUUUAAUUCACCAUGGCAAGUAAAACCCCAAGUUGCUAAAACUUCAUCAGGGUUUAUAAUAAAAAAUCGAUGGAUUCUAUCAAAUGCUCAUGCCGUUGCAAAUCAGUCGAUUAUUCGUAUUCGAAAACAUGAACCAUUGACAUUUAACAAUGAUGUACCUAGAUUAGAGGAAUCAAUAAUAGUGGUUGGUUAUCCAAUAGGUGGCGAUAAUUUAUCGGUGACAAAAGGUGCCGUUUCAAGAGUUGUUAUGUCAACUUACUCGCAUUCAGUUGAAUAUUUGUUAACAACACAAAUCGAUGCUGCAAUAAAUCCUGGUAACAGUGGUGGACCGGCUAUUCAAGGUAUGAAAAAAGAAAGAUUUGGAUGA